GCGUAGGCGAUUUGACCUUUUCACGCUGGAAUUGAACCAGAUUUAACUCCAGCGUCAACAUAAUGUCAGGACUAGCGUAAUAUUGUAAAUCUGCCUUAAGUAUGCAUUCAUGUCAUACUAUUGAUUGUAGGCUUAACAGGAAUGUUUGUUUUAUGAUCAUAAUCCUCCACUGUUUCUACUCUCUUCCCUCUCCUUUCCUUCUCUCUUCCUCCCUCCUCUUUUACAGAGCUCAUCAAUCCUUCCUAUAUAUGCUGCACGGUUUGCUUUGAAUGGAACAUUUUUAGAUUUAAGCUUUGUCAACGAUACCAUCAUGUUGUGUAAAGAUCGUCCUUCAAAGAUGGCUACCGCUUGGCAAGUUGGUGUUCAUUAUGAAAUACAGUGUUCUCUUGACCCCAUUGCUCUUAUGACUGAUGGCUCUAGCCCUAUAUUCUAUGAUAUAUAUCUCAAAGAUGGUAAUAUGUUGGUGCCCAUUCCAGUCUUAAUUAGUGGCUAUAGGGACAAUAAUGGUGUCCUUGUUAAUGAAGGUGAUGAUAGCUCUCAGUGGCAGUUUGUGAGACAUUUCUAUACCCACCAGUCAGUCACUGGCACUCCAUCAUACAUGUAUCUUGAAUCCACUGAAAUCAAUCAUUUUUGAUGAAAUUUGGCCACAGACGGUUUGGAAUGGAAACCAUUCAAAGUUUCUGAACAAUAUAAGUUUUAGUACAUGUACAGUAUAUACAUAGAAUUUUGUCCUAGCCAUUGAUGAACUACAAAGCACUAUAACAGCCCGUAUGAUCUUAUUGAAACUUGUUGUGUACAUCAUAAGUCUAAGGACAUUGUUAGGGUAAUAUAAUUUACAUGUAUCAUUGUACAUUUUCA